UGCGUUUCUUAUUAAAGAGCCGCCUUUCUCUAAAUCGUAGUAAAUAAGGGAAAAGCAAACCCUUUCUUCCCUAAAAUCCCAAAUCUACAGAGCGCGCUUCUUCUUCUUCUUCAAGCUCCCGCACACGAACCCAACCAAGGGUGUUGCAGCAUUUUGGGACUGUGGUUGAGAUAGUUUCUUGGAACUUGGGAUUGGUCUUUGAGGGAAAGGCAGUUCUGCUUAUUCUGAUUUGAACAUGUCGAGUAAGAAAGAAGAGAAGGCUCAGGCUGCAGCAGAAAGGAUCAAGGCUCAGGCCUUGAGUGCUGCCAAAGGUCUUAGUCGAGCUCAGGCUGAAAGGGCUGCUGCUGCUGCCGCCCGAAAUGUUAAUGCUUAUGGACAGAAGGAAGAAGGACCCAGCAGAUGGCAGGAGAAAAGGGAAGCCAAGAGACAGAUGUAUUUGAUGAGUACUGAAAAGGCAGUGAGACUGGGUGAAAGGAAAGACCUGAAGGCUAAUGUAUCUACUGUUGGUAGUGCAGCUUCACAAUGCCAGAAGUGUUUCCAACCUGGGCAUUGGACAUAUGAAUGUAAGAAUGAACGUGUAUACAUCUCAAGGCCCUCUAGGACUCAGCAACUCAAAAAUCCUAAACUGAAGAUGAAGGUGUCACUAUCCUACGAUCUGGAUGGUCCAGAUCCAGAUACUAAAAAGGAAGAGAAGAGUGAAAAGCUGUCGAAGAAAAGCAAGAGGAAACAUAGGCGAGGUUCUGAUUCUGACAGUGAUAGUGAAGCUUCAGUUUUUGAGACUGAUAGUGGGGAAUCAUCAGUUACAGGUUCUGAUUAUUCUUCUGAAGGGAGUAGUUCAGAUUACAGUUCAUCAUCUGAUUCCGAGGAGGAGAGAAGGCGCCGGAGGAAGAAGAAGAAGCAAAAGACAAGACGUAAAAGAUACUCCUCAUCAUCUGAAUCUUCUGAUUCAGAAUCAGCUUCUGAAUCUGAUUCUGAUGAUAGGAGAAGCCGGAAGAAGAGCAAGAGGCACAGCAGAAAGCGUUAAACUAAGGUACUUGAGCAGAAGGAAAAUGUUGGUGGAUGGUUCAAGUGUGUCGUGUAUUACCAAUCAGUCGAUGAAUGUUAACAAGCUAUUCCAUGAAACUAGUUCAAUUAUGGGGUUUCUGAGAUGAAUGAUUAGGUAUGUUAUCAAUUCGCGGCCAAUACAUCCUUGUGGAUGUUUCCUUGGCAUUUAUUUCUUUUUGACUGUGUUGCUUUAUUUGAAGUUUUUCUGUAAUACUUCGUUGGUUUUAUGAAUUGAGCUUUUCUUGGUAAA